CUUGAUAUUAAUCAGGAUUAACUUGCCAGAAUGGAAGGUCGCCUUCGGGUACACCUCGCCAAAAAGGCUUGCGCACGAUGUAGAUCCCAGAAGAGGCGAUGUGACAGGGCUACUCCUGAAUGCGGACUAUGCCGGAGGAGAGUGCUUGUUGGAAUGGUAUUUGCCUGCCACUAUGAAGGACUAGUGACAACAUCUUCAAAUUCGAAACCAUCGUCCUCUCUCGACGCAGAGCUCCCCCUUGAAACCUUAGGUCCGGGUCAUAUCAAAGACGCCAUUGCUAAGAAACUCUCAUCGAGCCCGGGCGAUAUAUUUGUGACAUACAUCCAAGCCAUCCAUCCUUGGUUCCCUAUCAUCGCACAAACAUCAAAGGAUCAGCUUCCGAGCUCUUGGAAUGAAGCUUCCCUGGAUUACACUCUCCUCGCCCUCUGCAUUACCCUGCUUUGUACCUCCCCGCCUCCUGAAGAGGGAGGCGGGACUCGAUCUGGUUUUCAGUCCACGUACCUACAUGUUAAGAGCUGGAUAGCAGUGAUCGAAGGACUCGGUAUCACCUCGCUCAAGAUCGUCCAAGCAAGGGUUUUGGUCACUCUGUUUGAAGUUGCACAUGGCUUCUACCCGGCAGCUUACAUCUCUAUUGGGACUACCGUCAGAGCUGCCGACGCAACUAAAGAUCACGCUCACUCAUCUCCGUUAUCCUCAUCGUCUUCUUCUGAUGAGUCAGGGAACGAGGAGGCCAUAGUAAUUGGGUGGGCAAUCCGUAUUCUGGACAGAUACAUAACAGUACAAUCUGGAUAUCGACCAUCUCUCACGCGUUCUCUCGCCAAGGAUCUCCACAAUACCAACAUGACCCCCUGGCCCACCGAGCUCGAGAAAGACACAAGGAGUCCUCUCUGGCAACUCUUCCGUAUCUUCGAAGCGUCUACAAUUCUUGACAAAAUACACAAUGUGUUACACAACCCCACUUCAGAACAAGCAUUCAACGUGGCAGAAAUAGGGCUUUUGGUGGAGACAUCAUAUUGCCUCCGCACUCUCCUUAUCGAAGAGGUUGAAGAUGCCGACCAGGUAUACUCCGGUGGGCUAGGGCUUUGUCAUACUGGCCUGCUACUCGCCUACGAGAACGGCUCUAAGAUUCAGGUUAUUGACGAACAAACUUUAACUUGCCAAUCACUUGCCACAUCAUCUCUAAACCCUGUUCUCACCGCCAUAACCAACAUGGUCCGCCCUUUUGUCGGUGGUACACAGUCCAUAGACUUGAAUCGCCUCCCUCCAUUUAUCAUAUUUCUUGUGUAUAAAGCGGCGGCCCUAGUGACAGCGAGGAUGUGGAUGGAAGCCGACUCAAGUGAGGCAUUGAGAACGUUACGAGUUCUGAGAGGAUUCUUGAAACUAGCGAACGCAAGGUGGCUAUGUUGCGAGUAUUACCUUGACCUUCUCAAUGAGAAUACAUCGCCGCGAAUAUUAAAGUCUAUUGAAGGCAGGUAAGGUUUUUUCUAUCUACUACGGGAGAUAGAUGCCGGAGCCGAUGAGACCGAUAUAAGUCAUGAAUAGAUUGAAGAAUGUAGUCAAUGUCCUGAUAGCGCUCA